AUGUCGUCGCGACCGCCCUCCCGCGUUGUCUUUGUGGGAAACAUUCCCUACGGUCUUUCCGAGGAACAAAUCACAGAAAUAUUCAGUCGCGCCGGGAAAGUAGAGAGGUUUCGAUUAGUGUACGAUUCUGAAACCGGCCGGCCCAAGGGCUUCGGUUUCGCAGACUAUCCCGAUACCGACAGCGCUUCUUCAGCCGUACGGAAUCUGAAUGACUUCGAGGUCAUGGGUCGCAAACUCCGCGUCGAUUUUUCUAAUGAACAAAAGAGCGGUGAUGACGACAGCAACCAUAUUCCAUCAAAUCCCACAAACGGCGUCGCGACCAGCCAUUACGGCGCACAGCCGAGCUCGCUACCCCCCCUCCCUACCGGCAAAGAAAUCCCGCCGGGGCUCUCCUGCACCGAUGCCAUUUCACGAACACUCAACACACUACCGCCAUCACAGCUCCUCGAUAUCCUCACACAGAUGAAGACCUUGGCGGCAAGCGAGCCUCACAGAGCGACCGAACUCCUCCAGCAAGCGCCCCAGCUGUCGUACGCCGUGUUCCAAGCCCUGCUCCUCAUGGGCCUCGUGUCUCCCGAAGCGAUCCAGUCCGUGGUCGAUCCAAACGCUCCCCUGCCACCCGUCCCGCAGCCUGCGCCGGCAGCCUAUCCCGCACCCGCUGCGGUUUCAGCGUACCCCGCCGCGAACAACACACCACCCGUAACGGGCUUGACGUAUCCGCCGCCGGCGAUCGCUCAGCAGACUUACGUUGCGCCGGCGCCUCCCGCUCCCGCCGCCGGCGCAGUGCAAGACACGGAUGCUCUCAUGCGAGCCGUCAUGGACUUGUCUCAGGCGCAGAUCGACAUGUUGCCCGAAGCUGACAAGCAGCAAAUCAUGGCACUAAGAGCCACGUUUGCUUCGCACCGGCGGUGA